UUGUGUCACAGAUGAAAAGUUCCUUACAAACAUGGUCGAAAGUGAGGACGUGUUUAUUUAUAACAAAAAGUUAGCGUCACUUCCUGUAUCACCACCUCCUUUGUCUGUGCCCCAGGUUUCGGUACGCAAGGCUGGUUAUUUAUUUAUUUCCUUUUUAUUUGGAGGAUAUAUUUUCAUAUAUAUCCAUUACUUUUUAAUUUAUUGAAUGACAGUCGACUCUGAAAUAUUUAUGCCUAAAAGCAAAGCGCCAAAAAUGGAUGACCUGGACUACAUCCCGGUAGACCUGAGUCCAGAGGAGCGCUCUGAGCUGGAGGACAUCCGUCGGAGGAAGGGAGCUCUGCUGCAGGAGAUCCAGAGGCUCAGAGACGAGCUCAGAGAGGCCAUCAUAGAGGUGGAGGGACUGGAGACCAGCACAGAGGGCAGUAAAACUCUACAGAAGAACAGGCAUGUGGCCAUGGGCAGGAAGAAGUUUAACAUGGACCCCAAAAAGGGUAUUGUGUUCCUGGUGGAGAAUGAGUUGCUCAGACACACUCAAGAGGAUGUUGCCCAGUUCCUGUACAAAGGAGAGGGCCUCAACAAGACUGCUAUAGGAGACUACCUGGGAGAGAGGGAGGACUUUAAUCUCAAGGUUCUGCAGGCGUUUGUUGACCUUCAUGAGUUCACUGAUCUCAACCUGGUCCAGGCUCUCCGGCAGUUCCUGUGGAGUUUCCGUCUGCCUGGCGAGGCUCAGAAGAUUGACAGGAUGAUGGAGGCCUUUGCCCAGAGAUACUGUCACUGCAACCCUGGGGUCUUCCAGAGCACUGAUACGUGCUAUGUGCUGUCGUUUGCUAUCAUCAUGCUGAACACCAGCCUCCACAACCCCAACGUGAGAGACAAGCCUGGAUUGGACCGCUUCAUCUCCAUGAACAGAGGCAUCAACGAGGGUGGAGACCUGCCAGAGGACCUGCUCAGAAAUCUUUAUGACAGCAUCAAGAACGAGCCCUUCAAGAUCCCUGAGGAUGAUGGGAACGACCUGACACACACCUUCUUCAACCCCGACAGAGAGGGCUGGCUCCUCAAACUAGGAGGAAGGGUGAAGACCUGGAAAAGAAGAUGGUUCAUUCUCACAGACAACUGCCUUUACUACUUUGAAUAUACUACAGAUAAGGAGCCCAGAGGUAUCAUUCCCCUAGAGAACCUGAGUAUCCGGGAGGUUGAAGACCCCAGGAAACCUAACUGCUUUGAGCUGUACAUCCCCAACAACCGUGGUCAGCUGAUCAAGGCCUGUAAGACGGAGGCAGACGGCAGAGUGGUGGAGGGGAACCACAACGUGUACCGCAUCUCUGCCCCCACACCUGAGGAGAAAGACGAAUGGAUCCACCACAUAAACUCUGCGGUCAGCGUGGACCCCUUCUAUGAGAUGCUGGCUGCCAGGAAGAAACGCAUAUCGUUAAAGAAGAAUGAGGAACAACCGUAGAACAUUCUCUUCAUCCCCCUCCUCCACCUCUUCAUCUCUCAUUCCAACAUGGGACACAAGCCUUUCUCUCCUCCCUAGAUUCAUUCCAUUCCUCACUUUUUUCCCCUCUUUCUUUCUUUGUGAGGAGGACUUGUUGCUAUCCUGUUUGAGAGACUGGCCAGCACAAACAGGCAGUUCAGGAGUUCACCACUCAUCCACUACUGUCUGUUGCUGCUAGCGGCUGAUCUGUACGCUACCACACUAUGAAGUGUCCACUACUACCCUACAUACUACACAGUUAGUUCACUCACUCAAAGCCCCCUUCUCGUCACUACACCUCUCCUCCUCCCUUCUUUUCCGUGACGUUGAAGUGAACUGUGAAAUAAAUAUGUAUUUUAUUCAGGGUAGCAAGCAGGGCCACUGAACCUUUCAUCACAAACAGGCUGCAACUCAUCAGUCUGAAGUGACUUCCUCUCCAUCUGUAACUGAUCUAACAUUGGGGCAACGGACCAGUGUGUUUCCAACCGGUCCAGUUCUGACCGGUCACUGUGUGAAGGACAGAAUGCCCGGCGGCUGAGGAAGCCACUUUAACGUGUUAAGAUGCAGCCCUAGUUGUCUGCUGUGCUUUCCUCUAACUUCUUGGCUCCAGGUUAGCAUGUCUAUAUCAGCAUUAUCAAAGUCCCACUUUAAUACUGUAGCCUCUGUGAAGGAGAUGACGCUGGUCCUUACUGCUUAGCCUUAGACCAUAAAAAUGUCACUCAUGUUCAAUUUGUUAUGAUCAACCAUCUACGGGAAAUGUUCCCAGAAAAACUGACCAAUAAGGCAACAAUUGAGCAGUGAACACUAAAGUCGACGACUCUUGUCAAUGACCACUGGCGUUUCCUUCACCAGACUGUUAAUAAACUCCCUCAUAAAGACAUGUAAACUGUUAAACCCAACUCUAUAAUACGCUACAGUGGGUUUUAAGAAGUUACAGCGGCAGCUUAUUACAAUGUAUACUUCAUUUUUUUGUAAAUACUUGUUAGAAUAUUGUUUACAACACACACAGAUUUAAUUUAUUGUUUAUUUUUGUUUGUUACAUCUUUUGUUUUGUAAGAGCUACUGUAGGACUGCAUGUGGAGAUGAGGGUUAAUCCUCCAUACACACAGAUGGACCAGACUCCUGUUAGUGUUGGGUACAUUUGAGAAAGAUUGUUAGUGUUCCCUGUUGACACAAUAGAAUCAACCUCCAAUUGGAACAUUUAGAUUAUUCAGGACAGGAGAGUGACAUCACAAAACAUUUUGGAUAGAACAGGCAUGGUUCUGUGUGGUAUGGAACAGGGAAUUCUGUCAGUUCUAUACAUUCUAUUUCUAUCUGUACUGUUGAUAAUGUUGCACCGUCCUGAAGGAACCUCUAUUACCCUCUAAAAGCCUGAAUGAAUGAGGCUCACUGAAGCACAAACACGUGUCCCAGACGCCUGUAAUGGCUUUCUUUCCACCAUAACCAUCAUGGAUAUGUGAAAGGGCUGGAUAGGUGUCCUUCAUAAUACUGAUGCCCAUCCAAUCCUGUCAGAUCUGUGAUCUAAAAGGAAAGCAAGCUAUGGGUGGUUAUUGGGACAUCACCCUAUGAUAAGUCUGAAACGACCUGUCUAAUAUGAGAACUGAAAUGAUGGUUCUGAAGUUGAAUCAUCAGUCAAGCCAGGAAAAGGCAUCAGAUUCCUCUUAAUGUGAUUGAAUUGAAAAGGACAACAAACAUGGAGCACUAAUAUAUCUUUCAAUAUUAUGUAAUCACUGAAAUAUUCAAAUGUAUUGAAUGAGUAACAAUGUUAAGGAUACAUGUCUAAUGAUACAUUAUGCCUGAAUUGACACGUAGAUAUUUGCAUUAGUUGUUUGUCAUUGCAUUAACAUUUCAUCAGACUGAAUAUGGAAAAUGCAGAAUUAGGGUUGUCUGCUGCACUUUAUCAAUAUUUAAGCAUUAUACAGGCUUUAAAGAGCUGUACCUUUUUAGAUUGGCAAUACCAACUAUAUCUGUAGUAGCCUCCAGUGGUGGCCAGGCUGUCCUGCAUCAUCCUCACUGGUUGUGAUGAAGGCUUUACAAAUCCAUAUUUUGAUCACUUUACUCUAAAUGUUGUUUACAUAGGAAAGUCUAGGUACAAAAAAAUGAUCUCUUAGUCUUCUCCAGUUAUUCUCUGAGUGUUUGGUGUGACAGACACACAGCAGUGAGCCAACCUACAGGCAGGGCUGCUGUACACUACACGAUACUGAAACACAGUAGACCUAUCUGGGUAUUCUUGAAGUGCAAAGUUGCCAAAAUGGAGUUGGGACGUCACACUGUUCCAACUCAACAAAGAGACAGACUUUUGUGAGAAAGGACACUAAUGAAUACUUCUGUCUCCCAGACCCCAACACCACUACUUCUGUCCCCCAGACCCCAACACCACUACUUCUGUCCCCCAGACCCCAACACCACUACUUCCUGGGAUAGUGUUUGAUUUAGUAUUUAUUUAUUUUUGUUUUACAGCCAUGUAAAGAUGGAUAGGUCAUCUGUGCUAUAUGUAGCAAAAACAAAACCACGAUACACGGGUGCCAGUCAACUGUUAUGAAACAAUAAACCACGGUACGCUGGUGCCAGUCAACUGUUGUGAAACAAUAAACCACGGUACGCUGGUGCCAGUCAACUGUUAUGAAACAAUAAACCACGGUACGCUGGUGCCAGUCAACUGUUAUGAAACAAUAAACCACGGUACGCUGGUGCCAGUCAACUGUUAUGAAACAAUAAACCACGGUACGCUGGUGCCAGUCAACUGUUAUGAAACAAUAAACCACGGUACGCUGGUGCCAGUCAACUGUUGUGAAACAAUAAAAAGUGAACUGAGACAAUA